AUGGCAGCCACAGAGGACUUCCAGCGGGCGCUGGACCGGAUUGCGCAGCACCUGGCGCCAGAGAGCGAGGCGACGUCGCAGGCGGCGGCGUCGGUCACGAUCACGCUGAUGCUGCAGCAGACCCGCCUGCCUGCAGACCUGGGCCCCAUCACCGCACGCCUAGCCAGCCUGUUGGAGGCUGGGGAGCUAGCUGUGCAGAGAAAUGCGGCGGCAGCCUUGUCAGCAUGUCUGGAGAGCAGCGACACGCCGGUGGUGGCCUGCAUAGAGAACCGCGUGGCUGAGCGUGCGGCUGCACUGCUGGAGGGCGGCGCGGAGGAUGGCAGCCUGGUGCUCAACCUGCUGGUGCUGCUGGGCACGCUGGGGGAGGCCAGCGAGGAGACGGCACAGCUGGUGCUAGAUGCCGGCGGGCCGCAGCAGCUGCUGCGCCAUGCGGAGUUGCAGUGCACCGAGCAGCUGCAGGAGGCGGCGGUGGAUGGCUGCUGCAAGCUGGCCGCCAGCAGUGCCGCCGCCAAGGAUGCGAUGGCGGCGGCGGGCGCCCUGCCCCGUCUGGCCGCGCUGCUGCUGGGCGGCGGCGAUGGCGGCAGCGGCAACGGGAGCGGGAGCGGGGCCGAGGUGCGCGUGCGGGCGCUGCUGUGCCUGGGCAUGCUGGUGGGCGGCUCCCCGGAACGGCAGCUGGAGCUGGCGGGCGUGCCGGGCGCCGUGCCCGCCCUGCUGCGCCUCAUGCGGCAGCAGGAUGACCACGACUGCCAGCAGAUUGCGGGGGGGCUGUUUAAAGAGCUGGCCGGCAACGCGGAGGCCAAGGGCGCCAUCGCAGCGGCGCUCAAGGAGCAGCAGGCGGCAGACGCCAGCGCCAAGUUUUUGUGA